AUGUUGUGUAAAAGAAAUGGCUGCGUAAUAAGCUGGAGAACGUAGGUCUAAAAAAAAAAAUUGUAGUAGCGAUGACGAACCAAAGUAUACACUGUGUGCUCAGCUCACGGAAGGUGGAGCAGGCGCCGUGCGCCGUAGGUCAUUCUGAGCGACUGUUUCAGCUUUCCUGGAAAGACGUUUACUUGGAAAGUCAUCCGGUACGCGUUACUGGCGAAACAGACCGGGCUGCUUCGCGGAGCGUCACGCGGCAUAGGAGGAAGGAAGCGUUCUUCACGGAGCCAAUCGGCGCGCAGCGAAGGCCGGGAGCGCAGUUCUGCGAAACGAGGUGCGCAGAUGUAGCCUCGGCGACACACAAAGCCGUUCUUGGAAUUAAAUUCCUAGAACUUCGAUCACCUUGCGGAGGCAAACGUUCAAAGGGAGCGUUUCCCGGUGUUCUUCUUUCCGGAAGAAACUAAAUCAUUCUUAGUUUCUGGAGCCUACUGGACCGACUCUUUCCAUUAUUACUUAGUCUACUUUCUUACCACCUCCUCUCCUAUCAUUCUCCGACGGGCAACCUGCGCUUCCACGACGUUUUAGAUGUUCAGUUGUUGGGAUUUCAUCGGGUGACUGGCUGCCGGUUUGUCGCCAUUACAACCGCGGAGCAAUGUCAAGAGCUUUGGCUCUCAGUUGGAAAUAUAUUUGCGUUAAUUUUUCUGCCUUGUGGCUAUCGACAACUGAGCUGAGCGCUGGAUUAUAGUUCGUGAUGCUCCUGUGUGUGCAAAGGGCUCCGUUGCCAGAUACACCGUCAACGAAGGGGAUGAGAGUUCUGAAUAAUGCGGAAAGGUCAGAAGGACAGUGUAAUCAGCUGAUCACCAGACGGCCUGGCUCUCCCCAGCCAUGGGACCCAACAGCAGACCUGCAGUGCAUUACCACUACGUUUCAGCAUCUGCAUGCCUCAGGUUGGUACUGGGGGUGCAUGUCUGCCAGCGAGGCCCGAGACUGUCUGCUGGGUGCGGCUGAGGGGACGUUCCUGGUGCGCGACAGCAGCAACCCCCUCUACAUGCUCACCCUCUCGGUGAAGACGGCGCGCGGCCCCACCAACGUCCGGAUCGAAUACAGCAACGGCCGCUUCCGCCUGGACUCCAGCGUUCCGGCCCAGCCCCGGCUGCUUUCCUUCUCCACCGUGCCUGGCCUGGUGCAGCACUACGUGGGCAGCAGUGGGAGAGAGAGAAGGGCAGAGCUGGAGGAAGAUGCUUCGGUGGCAUUGAAGGACAGCACGGUCCUGCUGAGGCUCCGGAGACCCCUCCACAGACCUAAGGCCUUCCCCCCACUGCAGCACCUUGUACGGCUCACCAUCAACAGACACACAGCCUGCCCGGAAUUGCUGCCUCUGCCUCCCCUAUUGCUACUGUACUUAAAGGACUAUCCUUUCCAAGUGUAGUGAGGAGCCGCUUAUCGUGGAAAGGACGGCUCACGCUCACUGUCCGUUCGGGGUGCUUAGUGGACUACCAGUUUGUCAUCUCUCGUGAGAGAGACCACUGGGUAAAUGCUCUUUAAGAUGGAAUUUAAGAAUAGUUAUAGGCAAUAGGCAAUCAUACACAGUCAGAUUAUGGGUGCUGCUAACGGCUUUAGUGAUGUAUCUAAAACAUGCAUUGUGAUAAGGUAGUCGGGUCUAAAGCCAGUUCUGUUUACCGUGAACCCAAGAACAUUUAGGGCUCACUGGUCACUUCCCACUGAUCUGAGAUCAGAAAUGGAUCAUGUGAGUAUAGCAGAGUGCUUCAAUCAUUGCAGAAUUACAGAAGAUUGGCUUUUGUUAGAAUUUUCAUUCAGCCAAAAAACAAAAAACAAAACAACAACAACAAAACAAAAAGAACCCAAAACACCCACAAAUCUAACUUUUUUUUUUUUUUUUUACUUUGGUGUAAUUGUUUGUAUUUGACAUAUUUAUUGACAAAGCACUAUAUUACACAUUUUGACUCUUCAUUAUGUGACUAUAAGAUAUUCAUCACACUACACUUGACAUAGCUAACCGUUCCAGAGUGCUCUGAACACUGUAAUCACACUGAAUUUUAUGGCUGGCAUUCUGACAGAAGGCAUGAAGGACCAGAGAAAGUCUUGGAAAUCUGAGAGCAAAACAGCAUAACCAAGCAGACGCUAAAACGGAGAACUCUUGGACUGAAAAUCAGCUGACCCUAUUUUUGUCAGUCUGUGUAUGUAGCACAGGCUGAAGAACUAUAAAGAACUGCUUCCUGCACCCAGUCACUAAAUGAACAAUAUUUGUUCAACUGAAGAUCAAAUAUUUUUUUGUAAAUAUUUUUAUUUUUAGUAAAACAGUACAUUUCUAUGAAACCUUUGUGUGUGUCUCUGCUUCUGUAGCUGAUUUCAUUUCUUUCAGUAGUUUCACUUUUUAAACUGACAUUCAUAUGUCCAAACGUGUCCUGUAUCACCAUGUUUACAAGGUGACAGAAUGAGCCAUAUGCCACCCCUUGAAAGUAGGUCAACUCGAUAUGUACUGAAACAUAGCUGCAAUCAGUCACCGAUGUCUUCAUCGUGUACCUUUUAAAGCACUGUUCUGUGCAAGUAAUACAAAAACAUUUCCAAGUAAACUUGGAAGCUGCAGGUUUUAUCAUAUGGUCUCCGUGCUACUUUACUAGAGAUCUGGGUG